CUUUCAAGCCCUAAAGCCAAGAAUAACAAGAAGUAGUCUCCGACGGACCCCCAAAACACUCGCAAAAUCGACACAACUCACACUCCUCCGCCCCUUUCUCUACAGGCCAUUACCAGGAAACUUCCCGUCUCUUCCCCCUCGACUCCUCCUUCUUCAACCCUCGCCGCACCAAUGGCCGCCGCCGCCGCCGCCGCCGCCGCGGGGAGCGCAUCCCCCGACAACCUCGAAUCGGAGCCGCAAUCGCCGCCGCUCUCCGCCUCCGGGGUCACCGAUUUGAACGCCUUGCCGAACGAGCCGAACGAGCCCAUGGACGCAUCGACCGACGGAGCAGGAAGUGAGCAGUACACUGAGCCGCCUCAGGCGGAGGCCGACCAAUUGGCUCCUUCGGCUCCUCAGGCCGCCGCCGCCGCCGAAGCUGAUAAGAGGUGGCCGGGAUGGCCUGGCGACUGCGUUUUUCGCCUGGUCGUGCCUGUUCUCAAGGUCGGGAGCAUCAUUGGUCGCAAAGGGGAGCUUAUCAAGAAGAUGUGCGAGGAGACUCGCGCUCGCAUUCGCGUGCUUGACGCUCCUGUCGGCACUCCCGAUCGGAUUGUAUUGAUAUCUGGAAAAGAAGAGCCAGAGGCGCCACUUUCCCCGGCAAUGGAUGCUGUAAUAAGAGUUUUUAAACGUGUCUGUGGACUGUCCGAGAAUGAGGGUGAUGCUAAGUUGUCUGGAGCUGCUGGAGUUGCAUUUUUGUCAAUUCGGUUCUUGGUGGCCUCCACUCAAGCAAUAAAUCUGAUCGGAAAGCAAGGUUCACUAAUUAAAUCGAUCCAAGAGGGUACUGGAGCUUCUGUUAGAGUAUUACCAGAAGGCGAGUUGCCAAUUUAUGCUUCUUCGGAUGAGCGAAUUGUGGAGUUGCAGGGAGAGGCGUCAAAGGUUCUUAAAGCUGUAGAAGCAGUAGUUAGACACCUGAGGAAAUUCUUGGUUGAUCAUAGUGUUCUUCCUCUUUUUGAGAAGAGCUGCAAUAAUGCAGCCCAACAAGAUCGUGCAUCUGAGACUUGGAGUGACAAGUCAGUACUGCAUACUGCUCCAACUGGAAUGACAACUGAGUAUCCACUCUCCUCAAAGAGAGAAUCACUUUACAUUGAUCGUGAGAGUCAGUUGGAGCCCCAGAUUGCACGCUCUGGAGUUUCACUCUAUGGACAAGAUCCCUCAAUAUCUGCGAUCCGGUCAGCAAGAUUUGGUCGUGCAGGCGCUCCUAUUGUCACUCAGGUUGUGCAAACAAUGCAAAUACCACUGACUUAUGCUGAGGACAUCAUCGGCAUUGGUGGGGCUAACAUUGCAUAUAUUCGUCGAACUAGCGGGGCCAUAUUAACUGUGCAGGAGAGCAGAGGACUACCCGAUGAAAUAACCGUGGAAAUAAAAGGCACUACAUCUGAAGUUCAGACAGCACAACAACUGAUUCAGGAAUUCAUUAACGGUCAUAAGGAGCCGGUCACCAGUAGCUACGGCAAGAUAGACAGUGGAUUGAGGUCAUAUUCUCAGUUGGGCGAUACAUCUUACACGUCUUCGUCGUUCUCAUCACAGCCGUAUGGAGGUUACGGUUCUAGUUUAGGAGGCUACAGCAGCUUCAGGCUUUGAAAUGUUGGAUCGAAUUUGCCUUGUUGCUUUCCUUAUCGAAUCUUGUCUUCCCUUCGAUAUUUAUAGUUUUGGGGAAGUAUGUGUAAAGUUCACUCGAGCCUGUUCCUCUCUCUCUAUAAAAGAUCAGUAGCUGUAAAACUACUAGCGACCACUUUGCUAUCGUGUUAAAGCGUAGUUACGCACGUCGGGUUUGUUAUUUAAGCAUAUGAAGGGGAUGAGCUUCAGAGUAGUAUACUGCGGAACUUAUUCUUGAGCGGUUCAAGGCAAUUUUAUGCGAAUUCAAGUUUCUCCA